UCCGGUUUCCUUUCUCCUCCUGUUCAAGUCUCAUUCCUCGCUCGGCGAUGCAAUGAGGGAGCAGCCAAGGCAUUCUUGAAAGGUUGAAGCAGUGUCCUCGUUUCACGACCGAUCCAUCAACCCGUAAAGUUAGAUCUCGACUAGGAUGGCCAGCACCAAUGUUACAGGGCAUUGCCCGGGUCCAAUGAAGGCUACUUCUAAUGGAGCCUUUCAAAACGAAAGCCCUCUUGAUUUCGCACUUCCUCUGAUCAUCCUACAGAUCUGCUUGGUGGUUGUGUUUACAAGGCUGUUAGCUUACUUGCUAAAACCUCUCAAACAACCACGGGUCAUUGCUGAGAUCAUUGGAGGGAUACUGCUUGGACCUACUGCUCUGGGACGAAGCAAGGUGUAUCUUGACACCAUCUUCCCAAAGAAGAGCAUGACCGUUUUAGACACGCUUGCAAACAUCGGUCUUUUGUUUUUCUUGUUUCUAGUUGGGCUUGAGCUUGACUUUUCAGCCAUCAGAAAAACAGGAAAGAAAUCACUAUUGAUAGCCGUAGCUGGGAUCUCACUUCCAUUCAUAAUGGGUGUAGGCACGUCUUUUGUUCUCAGCUCCACCAUAAGCAAAGGAGUCCAUCAGCUUCCAUUUAUAGUCUUCAUGGGUGUUGCCUUAUCAAUCACUGCCUUCCCUGUGCUUGCUCGUAUCCUAGCUGAGCUAAAGCUUCUAACAACCGACAUUGGACGUAUGGCGAUGUCUGCAGCGGGAGUGAAUGAUGUUGCAGCUUGGAUACUCCUUGCGCUUGCGAUUGCUCUCUCAGGAGAUGAUAGUUCUCCUCUAGUACCUCUUUGGGUUCUUCUUUGUGGAUCUGGAUUUGUGAUCUUUGCAGUUGUGGCAAUCAAACCUCUGCUUGCUUAUAUGGCUAGACGAUGUCCUGAAGGAGAGCCUGUGAAGGAACUAUAUGUCUGUGUCACUCUAACCUUGGUUUUAGCGGCAAGCUUUUUGACAGACACUAUUGGGAUACACGCGCUGUUCGGGGCGUUUGUCAUAGGUAUUGUAACUCCUAAAGAAGGACCGUUUUGCAGAGUUUUGACUGAGAAGAUAGAGGAUCUUGUCUCAGGGCUUCUUCUACCGCUUUAUUUUGCAUCUAGCGGUCUCAAAACUGAUGUAACAACGAUAAGGGGAGCGCAAUCAUGGGGACUUCUAGCUCUUGUAAUACUCACCACUUGUUUCGGGAAGAUUGUAGGAACCGUUGGUGCCUCGUUGCUCUGCAAGGUUCCUUUCAGAGAAGCCAUGGCACUUGGAGUCCUUAUGAACACCAAAGGUUUAGUAGAGCUCAUUGUUCUAAACAUUGGCAAGGACCGCAAGGUGCUGAAUGAUCAAGCGUUUGCGAUCUUAGUCCUAAUGGCAUUGUUCACAACUUUCAUCACAACUCCACUUUUGAUGGCGAUUUACAAGCCUGCAAGAAAAGGAGCACCAUACAAGCAUAGAACAAUCCAAAGAAAAGAUCAUGAUUCCGAGCUACGUAUACUUGCUUGCUUCCACAGCACCCGAAACAUCCCUACACUGAUCAAUCUGAUCGAAUCGUCAAGAGGAACAGGCCAGAAGGGACGUCUCUGUGUUUACGCCAUGCAUCUAAUGGAGCUCUCUGAGAGGUCAUCAGCGAUCGCGAUGGUUCACAAAGCUCGGAACAACGGACUACCAAUCUGGAACAAGAUCGAGAGAUCAGCUGAUCAAAUGGUGAUUGCCUUCGAGGCUUACCAGCAUCUCCGAGCUGUAGCGGUUAGACCAAUGACUGCAAUCUCUGACCUGAAAAGCAUCCACGAGGACAUAUGCACAAGCGCGCAUCAGAAACGAGUGGCGAUGAUUCUGCUUCCGUUUCACAAGCAUCAACGAGUGGACGGAUCGAUGGAGUCGAUAGGACAUGGGUUCCAUGUAGUGAACCAACGGGUCUUGCAACGUGCUCCUUGCUCCGUGGGGAUUCUCGUGGACAGAGGACUCGGAGGAACCUCACAGGUCGUAGCCAGCGAAGUUGCUUACAAAGUUGUGGUUCCGUUUUUCGGAGGCCUAGACGACAGAGAAGCUCUGGCCUACGGGAUGAAGAUGAUGGAGCAUCCAGGGAUCACACUAACCGUUCUCAAAUUCGCAGCUGCGAGAGGAGGGACAUUGAAGAGGUUCGAUGGAGGCGAAGAAGACGAGAAGGAGAAGAAAGAGAAAGAGGUCGACGAAGAGUUUUUGAGGGAGUUGAUGAACGAUCCAAGAGGGAAUGAGUCUUGUGCUUACGAGGAGAGAGUCGUUGAGAGCAAAGACGAUGUGACCGCGACGCUUAAAGCGAUGAGCAAAUGCAAUCUGUUCGUCGUCGGGAGAAACGCUGCGGUUGCUUCGUUGGUUAACAGUACAGAUUGUCCUGAGUUAGGACCAGUUGGACGUUUGUUGUCGUCAUCGGAGUUUUCGAAAACCGCGUCGGUGCUUAUCGUUCAGGGAUACGAUCCUGCGGCGGAUACACGGCCGCUCGUGGUGGAAGAUGAUAGUUAUGAACAGUCUUCCAGAGAUAUUGCAGACUCAACCGUCUGAUCGGAUCAAAACAGAUUUAUUACAGAGGAACGAGCAGAUGGCGAGCGAGAGGCUAAAAUGACAUAAUCCAGAAAAAAGUUGGCUCAAAC